UUUUAUGGGUGGCCAACAGAGAUAAGCCCCUCACCGACUCAUUGUCCUCAAGUCUAAUGAUAGCGGGUGAUGGAAAUCUGAAGCUCAUGAAUGGCAUGCAAGACAUUGUCUGGUCAACCAAGGUUCCUAUCCAAUCAAAUAAUUCGGUUGCGGUGCUUUUGGAUAGUGGGAAUUUUGUUCUGAAGGAUAACUCCUCGGGACAGAUCUAAUGGGAGUGCUUUAGACAUCCUGGUGAUACUUUUUGGUCCGGAUGAUAGGUAUGAAUGUUAAAACUGGUGAGAAACGAUUCCUGAUUUCCUCGAAAAGUAAGGACGACCCAUCGCCUGGUAGUUUUGUUGGUGGAACUGGAGCACAGAGUGGUCCGAUAAUAGAAGGUUUUAUUUGGAAUGGAACCCGACCGUAUUGGAGAAGUGGGCAAUGGAAUGGGAUAAAGUUCCUAGGGAUGCCACAUAUGUCUGCAGUAUAUACUAAUGGAAUUAGCAUUGUAUCGGUUAGCCCAGAGGGUAAUCAGUAUGUUACUCUCAAUGUUUUCAACACCUCUCUCAUUAAAGUUGUGUUCCUUUCACCAGAAGGAUAUCUGCAGAUAAUUAUUUGGGAUGAAGGAGAGAAAGAAUGGAGAGUUCAAUUACAGGAACCGGAGAGCCAAUGUGACAUUUACGGAGCUUGCGGUCCUAAUGGAAUUUGUAAUACAGAUGAGUCUCCAAUUUGUAGGUGUUUGGAAGGGUUUGAACCAAGCUCAAGUGAAGAGUGGAGUAGAGGGAACUGGACAAAUGGAUGUGUAAGACGAGUUGAACUUAAUUGUGACAAGAACAUAAGCUUAUUAGCCUCAAGCCGGGAUAAAACUGAUGGAUUUUUGAAACUGAGUGGGCUGAAACUGCCAGCUCACUUCCAGUAUCUGAAAACUGAUGUGUAUAAUGAAGCUUGCGAAUUCUGGUGCUUGAACAACUGCUCUUGCGUGGCAUUUGCGUCCAUGACAGGAAUCGGGUGCAUGUUUUGGACUGGAGAUCUUAUGGAUGUUCGGGCCUUCUCAUCUACAGGAGAGGAUCUCUUCGUUCGUGUUGCACAUGCAGAACUAGGGGAAAGCAGAGAAGCUUUGCAUGAAUCUGAUUCUGCUGAUGCAACUAACCCUUUGAGAGACACUCGAAAAGGAAUAGAAGGGAGCAACAUCGUAAAACAAAAAGAUUCGUUGAUAUUUGAUUUCAACCACGUAGUUGUUGCUACCGACAACUUUAGCCUAACGAACAAGCUUGGCGAAGGGGGAUUUGGACCUGUUUAUAAGGGAAAGCUGCAGAAUGGAAAGGAAAUAGCCGUGAAGAGACUUUCCAGUCGCUCAGGACAGGGCAUGGAGGAAUUCAAGAACGAGAUUGUGUUUAUUUCCAAACUCCAACAUAGGAAUCUUGUUAGGCUUUUGGGUUGCUGUGUUGAAGGGGAGGAAAAACUGUUGAUCUACGAGUACAUGCCGAACAAGAGCCUGGACACAUUUCUCUUUGAUCCAACAAGAAAAACACAGCUAGUUUGGGCUAAGCGCUUCAGCAUAAUUUAGGGUAUUGCCAGAGGGCUUGUUUAUCUCCAUCGUGAUUCCUUUCUAAGGGUCAUUCACCGUGAUCUGAAGGCUAGCAAUGCUUUGGAUGAAGACAUGAACCCAAAAAUUUCAGACUUCGGAUUGGCUAGAACUUUCCAAAAGACUCAAGAGCUAGCAAAUACUCGCAGAGUAGUGGGAACACUGGGCUAUAUGUCUCCUGAGUACGUCAUGGGAGGGACGUUUUCAGAGAAAUCUGACGUCUUCAGCUUCGGGGUCUUGCUACUCGAGAUUGUAAGCGGCAAGAAAAAUUCAGGCUUCCAGAAUGAUGAACACCAAAACCUUCUUGGUUAUGCUAGACGGUUGUGGUGUGAAGGUAGGGUGCUUAACUUGAUUGAUCAAGCCUUAGGGGAUUCAUUCUGCAAUGUAGAAGUAAUGCGAUGCAUACACGUUGGGCUUCUCUGCGUCCAGGAAAAUCCUGCAGACAGGCCUAACAUGCCAGCCGUGAUUCUCCAGCUUACCAGUGGAACGAACCUUCCACGGCCAAAGCAACCUGCAUUUGCUUUUGACAAUUCACGGUACUCCUCUCAUAGAUCAAAUUCUAAUAGCUAUAUAUGCUCCGUGAAUGAGGUCACGUUGUCAGCGACUGAAGGCCGAGAUAAUGCAAUGCACACACCAACAAUGGCAGCCAUGGUGCUAAUGCUUGAGAGUGAAUCUCCAACGCUUCCAAUGCCUAGACAACCCAAAUACACGUCCAUGAGGAGUUCUAUAGAUGCAGAAUUCACCAUGGAUGGUCAAGAAAUUUUAUCUUCAAAUGAUGUCACGGUGGCAAUGAAACUGAUUUCCAAGAUGGGUGGUGAAAAGAGAAGUAGCGUUUUGCUUUCUUCCAUGUUCCGCUUGUUCAACUUGCUUCUGUUACGUUGCUGCGCUGCAACUAAUAACAUAACUCUAUCCAGGCCAUUAUCACAAGACCAAAUCCUUACCUCCCCAGGCCAAUUUUUUGUGCUUGGCUUCUUUCAGCCUAACAAUUCUGCCAAUCGAUAUCUGGGAAUAUGGUAUAAAGAUAUAGCUCCUAAAAAAAUUGUUUGGGUGGCCAAUAGAGAGAAGCCAGUUACAAACUCCUCGGCAAGUCUAACAAUCGGGAGUGAUGGAAAUUUGAAGCUUGUAAAUGGAAACCAAGACACUCUUUGGUCAACCAAUGUUUCUGUCCAGUCAAAUAGUUCGGUAGCAGUGCUUUCAGAUAAUGGAAACUUUGAACUUAUAGAUGGUAUAUCAGGAGCGAAUUUGUGGCAGAGCUUUGAGCAUCCUUAUGAUACUUUCUUACUUGGGGCAAGUAUAGGGUAUAACUUCAAAACUGGAGAGAGACGUUUCUUGACAUCCUGGAAAAGUGACAGUGAUCCAUCACCCGGAAAUUUUGUUGUUGGACUUCUACCUGGGUCGACAAUACAAGCUUUCGUUUGGAAAGACAGGUUACCUUAUUGGAGAAGCGGGCAAUGGGAUAAAACGAAGUUUAUUGGUAUACCAGAAAUGGAUUCAUCAUCUUCAAGUGUAUUUGACCUCAGAGAAGAUCGUCAACGAGGAACUGUGUAUUUAUAUACUGAUACAUACAACCAGUCUGUUGCUUCAAACAUGGUUAUUUCUUCAGUGGGAACUCUGCAGUGGGUGCACUGGGAGAGAGGCCAGGGCUGGAUUGUUGGUUGGGAAGCACAGCAAAAUCCGUGCGAUGUCUAUGGAGUCUGCGGAUCAUUUGGGGUUUGCAGCCCAUCUGAAUCACCCAUUUGCAACUGCUUAAGAGGAUUUACACCAAAGUCAGAUGAAGAAUGGAACAAAGGAAACUGGACAGGGGGUUGCAUGAGACGAACCAAUUUAUCUUGCGAGGCAAACACAAGUUCCAAACCCACAAACACCAGAAAAACAGAUAGAUUUUGGACGAUGGAUAGGAUGAAACUUCCAGAUCUUUCCGAGUAUUUGGAAAUCGACGACGACCUAUGCCAAGAAUGGUGCUUGAAUAACUGUUCCUGCAUGGGUUAUGCAAUUGUAUAUGGAAUUGGGUGUCUGGUCUGGACUGAAAACAUCAUAGAUAUGCAAAAGUUCCCCUUCGGUGGGGAAGAAUUCUUCUUACGGCUUGCACAUACAGAAUUUGCUGAUGAGAGACUAAAAGAGAAGCUCAUUAUCAGCCUCACAACCAUUUCUUGCAUCAUCAUCUUGGGCAUCUUAGUAUAUGGCAUACGCCGUAAAAGAUCUACCAAAUUAAGUAAACGAAAGAGAAUUUUCAAGCACUUUGACUUGUCAGGGAACGAAACCUCAAGCGAAAUCUUAGCCGGAAAUACAAUGAGAAGCCAUUUAGAACUAGAAGAUCCAUCGGAAUUACCUAUGUUUGACCUGAAUACAAUAUUAGUCGCCACUGAUAACUUCAGCACAACAAAUAAACUAGGGCAAGGAGGAUUUGGCCCAGUUUAUAAGGGCAAGCUGCAUGAUGGGAAGUAUGUGGCAGUCAAGAGACUCUCUAGUAGCUCAGGCCAGGGCUUAGAGGAGUUCAAGAAUGAAGUUAUGUUGAUCUCCAAACUCCAACACAGAAAUCUGGUCAGGCUAUUCGGUUACUGCAUUGAGAAAGAAGAAAGGAUACUCAUAUAUGAGCUCAUGGCCAACAAAAGCUUGGACACUUUUUUAUUUGAUCCAACAAAGAGAGCAGACCUUCAUUGGCCAAAGCGUUUCAACAUCAUUCAAGGUGUUGCUCGGGGGCUUCUUUACCUCCACCGUGAUUCUUGUUUAAGGGUUAUACACCGGGACUUGAAGGUCAGCAACAUCCUUUUGGAUGACAAAAUGAAUCCAAAAAUUUCAGAUUUUGGAUUGGCACGGAUAUUUCAAGGGACACAGUUAUUAGCUAAUACCCAUAGAGUCGUUGGAACUCUCGGCUAUAUGUCUCCUGAGUAUGCAUUGAGUGGGAUAUUUUCCGAAAAGUCAGAUGUUUUUAGCUUCGGAGUUCUCCUGUUAGAGAUUGUCAGUGGCAGGAAGAUUACGGCCUCCUACAAUGAUGACAAACGCAUAAGCCUUAUUGGUUACGCAUGGCGACUGCGGUCUGAAAGCAAGGAAUUAGACUUAUUGGAUGAAGCCAUGGCGGACUCUUUUUCGUCAUCAGAAGUAACAAGGUGUAUAUGGAUUGCUCUGCUUUGUGUCCAGGAUCAUGCUGAACAUAGGCCAAACAUGUCAGCAGUUGUUUCUAUGUUAAGCAGCGAAGCCGAGCUUCCACGGCCAAAACAACCUACAUUUACAUUUCAGACUGGAUUCUACUCUGAAAAAUCCGACUCCAACCAUUUGUUGUCUGCCUGUGAGCUUACAGAGUCCGUGCUCGAAGGCCGAUAACCACUCUGUAGCAAGCACAGUAAUCUUUGGUCAUAAGAAUAAACAAGUUCAGAAAAUAUUUAUUUUCCAUAGGGUAAGUUUAGAAAAUACCUGUGUGUGCUAAUUGGUCUUUUACUAGGACUUUUUCUUUCUUACAACGUAUUACGGUACUUUGAAAUGUAUGAGUCACAAAUGCGUGCAUCACAAGGUGUGGUCGCUAUAUGUUUGGCAAAGUAGAUGAGCGUUUGGCCAAUUGGUGGCAAUUAAGGUAAUUCAACUGUAUCGGUAAGAUUUUUGUUUGCAGAAAUCGUGUACAUUUCUAUGAAUAAUUAUCUGGGGCAAUAUCUUCUUGCAUUAAAA